AUGUCGAUGGGUCAGGACCAAGAUCAUCAUGGCCACAUGAACGAUGACGACCACGACGACCUCUCGGCUUUGAAGGUUGACCCUGAACCUAUCGCCUCGACUACCAUCGACACAGCAGCGCAGUCCGAAAUCGACAAUGGCGACACAGCAUCCGACUCCGCUGCCGCGUCCGCUGUUGCUGCCGCUGCCGAUGCCUCUGAAGAGCCCGAGCAUCAUGGACAGCAUGUACAUAUCGAACACCAGGAUGGACUUGACGACUACGACCCUGGCUCGAUGCAGACCUCAGAUCUGGACGCAAACUUGAUCCACGCGACCACAUCUUCAUCGACUGCUCACGAAAUCGCCACCGGUGGCCUGCAGGCUCUCCAGGACGCAUCAGACGCCGCCGCCGCUCAGGCUCUGCGCGAAAGUGUUGAUCACCAGCAGCAACACCACGAGCAACAUCACGAGCAACACCACGAACCACAUGAGCAGCAUCACCAAUAUGACCCCCCGCCGCAGUCCGCGUCUUCUCUUGAUCAUGAUAUGCAAGGCACGGACACGGGCAGCUCGAGCGGCCCAGAUCCUGCUCUGGCCGUCGCCGCCGCCGCUGCUGCUGCUACUGCUGCCGUAAAUGCGUCCAUCGGGGGAGCGCCUGCCGGUCCACAUCCAUUUGCCUCGGUGGCAUCUGCUGCCCCUGUGCCUGCACCUGCGCCGUCCGCUGCCAGAGACUCGGCUGUUAAUCCUAAGCUGACGCGACUCCGCCGAGCCUGUGACAUGUGCUCCCAGCGCAAGGUGAAAUGCGACGAGACGGCCCCAUGCAGGCCCUGCCGAGACCUCAACGUCGAGUGCACCUUUCACCGAGCCCUCAAGAGACGCGGUCCCCCGAACAAGCACGCCGAGGCUGCUCGCGCUGCCCAGCGCCCUCGACUCGAGCCCGGCCCGACACCUGCAGGCAAUGGUUUCGCCUACAACAACGGCUUGGGCCCGACACCCUCGCCGCAUAACGCCGCGCAGACCCUUGUGUCCAUCGCAGAGGGCCCUGCAGCCACACCCUACACUGCCGAAUCGAUUGCUCCUAUGCCUGUGUUGGAGCUCCUCGUUGACGACUUCUUCACCUACAUCCACCCCCUGGCGCCUUUUCCUCACGAACCAACCUUCCGAGACGCCUUCGCUACGCGCCAGGACCGGACGAACCCCGAGUUUCUGAGUCUGUUGGCCUCCAUGAUUGCCGCCCUCGUGGCCUCUUUUCCUCGAAGCGCUCGCCAGCACCUCAAGGCCCAGCACAGCACGCACCUUUUCCCUCGCGCCAUUGUCAUGAUUGAAAAGUGCAGGGAUAUUGCGCUCCAGACACGCGGUACUCUGUGGUCCAUCAAGUCGCCCAAGACGCUCGACGAUGCUGCGACGAGCUACUUUCUGGGCCUUGCUGCGGGCUAUACGUUGCAUGUCAAUGCAUAUCGCCACUUCACCGCUGAGUGCUAUCGUGAUCAUCAGAUUGGCAAGCGCAUAUUCUGGUGCCUGCUGCUCGGCGUGCGUUCCUUCUCACAGCUUGGCGCCUCUCACGCCGACCUCGUCAUCGCGCCAUCAACUCCGAACCUCCCAUACCCAUCUCUGCCCGAGAAUGUUGACGACCGGUGGAUCAUGGCCAACGAGAUUCAGUAUUCAGAGAACAACAACGUCACGCUGCUGACGGGCUUCCGAUUCGGCGUUGAGAUUUACACUACAAUGAAUGCUAUCGUCAGUGUGGAGCUUGUGUAUGGGAUGAGCACGCUCCCGUGGCCCGAUCAGCGCGCCAUGCUGCGCGACGCCCUCGUCGCUGCCAAGAACAUCAUCGAUCGUCUCCCGACUGAGCUGCGCCUCACAUCGCAGAUUGAUCAGCCCGUCUUCGGCGGUGGUUUUGACGAUGGGCAUCUUCAAUACAUGCCUCCAGCGUACCCCAAUGCGCAACCGGCGAACGACAUCCGCAACGUUAUCAAAAGCAACACGCAACGGCGGCGCCAGCUGCAGUACGACAUUCAGAAGGCUAACAUUCUGGUGUCGCAGCUCGCGACACGGUCCUACUUUGUUGAGCUCUACUUCAACCUGCGCGAUGUCUACCUCGCAGAUCCCAAUCGUUCAAUCAUCGACGAGAGCACGAUCGAGGGCAAGGCCGCUAAAGAGGCUGAAGAUGUUGAGGCCGAGCGCAUCUUUGAGCUCAUGACGGCCGAGCGCGAGCUUAUCGUCCAGGAUCUGCUGCACGUCCUCGGUUCAAUCCCGCAGCGAAACAUGGAGCCGAACGGAGGAUCGCUCAUCAACAAGGUGCGCCAAGUGGCGUCGACCCUUCUCAAUGAUGCCCCCGAGCGCAAGGGUCCCGUGGCAGUCAAGUCCGAGGCUGCACUCUCGCGGCUCAUCGACAUCUUGAUCAAGCUUGAGGGCACUGGACCAGGUCAUGCUGGUCACGGAAACGAUUCCAACAUGACGCCGCAAGACGAGGAAGAAGAGUUGCGUCUGUGGUCGAGUCUCAGAGACUACCAGCGUCAGUUUGCUUACCAAAGCGGGUACGAGGGGCGGGAUUAA